AGCGUUUUGGCACUUCUGUCCGCUCUCACAACUACACUGAUAGGUGAACGGCAUCGCGUUGCCGUCGUUGGUACGGUGAUGCAUACGUACAACUGUUCAGUUUGCAUGCAUCGUGCUUCUCAGUCGGUGUGCAACUUGAAAGGGGAAUGGCCAAGAUAGAAAAAGCUGUCAAAAACGACCCCAAAAGCGAUCGGUUUCAUUGCAGAACGCAUCUGCCUUUUACCAGCGCUUUACAAACAAUUUAAAGUUGACCAGUUUCGUGAAAAAAAGCAACGGCUAGCGUCCGUGCGUGCGUAACGUGAAUAAAGAUAAAGUGCUCUCCGGUGGUGUGUGCGUUAUAUUCAGUGACACGAAACGUAGUGCGCGUGUGUAUGUGUGUGUGUGUGUGUUCCGAAUGGUAUGGGCACAGAAUUCCAGCAUUCAGUAUCGCCGAUGUGAGAUAGGGACGAUCUGUAUUUUACGGUAAAACGUUUCGCUGUGUGGUAACAAUUCGAUGAGAAAUGUCCAAUAAAUUGUCGUGGGUGAAAACCAAGAGCCACAAUCAAACUUCAGAUACCACAUAAGAAAAUGCACCAUCAAACUCAAGGACAAGUGGGAAAUAUAGACUGAAACUAAAAGCCCAACACUACAUGACGGGAAGUAAACCGGCAACCAUGAAGAUAUGCAUCAACGCGACGGUAAAUGAAAUGAAUGAUAAUGUUAUUGCACACCAUUGGGAGGUCAUAUGGCCUCUUAGCACUAGGAACAGCGAAAAGGAUUGGAAAUAAAAACAAAAAGUCGAUAUUGUUGCAACCAUCGUCGUCAAGCUACCUAGACAACAAUAUCGUUAGCCAAUUUGUCAAAACAAGAGCACCAGUCUAAAGUACAGCAGCAGUAACAAGUAGCAAUAACACUCGAAACCAGCAUCAGUAGCAAAACCAAAUUCCGUUGUUUUUAGUACCAAUUAUUGGAAUCGGUAAACAUGCAAAGACAUCGGAAAAAAGAGCGUUCGGAUCGUGUGCCGCCAACAAUACAGAAGUAUCUUCACAGUUCGGUUGGACUGCCCAUCAGCAAUAGUACUCCGGGUCCGGCUACAAACGAGAACUUGUAUCAGUCUUGCGUGGGCGGAAAUACGGCCAAGACCGGAUUGGUUUGCUGUCGAAAAGACGAUUUGAUGUUUCAUACUGCUUCAGCACCUGGGCGCGGAUCCUAUCCAGAAGAUGAUCCAGAUUCCAUUGAAGUUUAUAAGGAGCAUCAGCCGCAGAAGAAUGACGACCAGCGUCGUAUUGAAGGAUCACAUGCACAGGAACAACAUUUCGCCAGUAAGUUGUGUUCAGCAAACGUAACUCAGUUAGCACGGGAAGGAGGCGAUAUGAAUAUUCCACUAGGUGACGCACUGUUGCACCAUCAUCAGCAGGAACAGCAGCAGCAACUACUCGCCUGUCAUCCAAAUAUUUUAGGGGGCGGAAGUGUGGAGUAUUCAUACGCCUAUUGCGAACCGAUGUUGUUGCAACGUUCCGGCGGUGAUAACGCAGCCGAGCAUCAGCUACACACACCGAUGUCUACGUUAUCGUCAUCCGGAUCGUCUUACUGCGUGCCUGUAUAUGCACAUCGUCAGCUUCAACAUCCACCAUCACUGCCACUACUCCAGAAAUCCUUCCGACAGUCAUCGGCACGCAAUCCAUAUCACCACACUUACGGACCAACGCAAGGCAGCGGAAGUGGUGGAAAUAAUACUACCACCACUACACUACACCACCACCACCAUCACCAUCAUCACCAUAGCAAUUACACACUACCAAAUGCAACGACGGGGUCAAUCGCGACGACAACGACCGGUUCGUUACGUGCCUUAUUUUCCAACAUAUUCCGUAAGUCCUCGUCGUCUGCGACACCUGCGGCAGCUGCACACUCGGCACCAUUCCUAGAUAUGGGAGGCGGUGGUACGCUACAGCGAACCAGCUUCGGUGGUGGGACAUCGCUGCUAGGUGCAGAACGUCACUCCUUUACAACCUGCUACGGGACGAAGGAAAAUAUUUAUGAGGACAUUGGCUCGCAGACCGGGCUCGGUGCACUUGGCGAAGAAUCGGCAACGCGUGACCCACCCGUAACUGCUUGUGCGGGAUCGCUAGCAUCAGCUCCACCACCACUGCCACCAAGUGGAGCAGUUUCCCCAACCGCACCGGUGACGGGUCUUAGUGUGGCGGCUGAGUGGCGUCGUGUGCAAGUACAGCACGAGCGUGUUAUCGGUGAGCUUAACCUUUCGGUUGAACGUUUAAUCAUGCCAUCGUGCGAUGAUGAGUAUUCGCAACAGAAAGAUCAGUCACAUCGCUACCAUCAAUAUACGGAAGCUGAAAAACGUGACUGUAAACAAAUGGGCCAGAAGACGUUCUGCCUUCCGUCGGUUGGAUUCGAUGGUGAAAUUGCUGGCAGCGGUGGAACGAAUGCAGCCUCGAUUGGAGGUUUGCGAACAGGUUCGAAACGACUCUUUCCCGCACCAACCUCAACAUCGUCGGCAUCACCUACGCCACCGACUCUAGGGGUGGGUUCCGAACGUCACUCGCCUACCGUUUCUUACGGCAAGUCGUACGGUGAUGUGGAUAGUGGCAUCAGCAGUAGCAGCACUAGCGGUACAAGCUACUCUAGCAGCAUUUUGUACCGAAGCAUUACCAACUACCAGCAGCAGCCGACAACAGGCAAAGAGGGGAAUUUGGUUGCCAGUGGACAGCAGCAUCCGCAACGGGCAAAGCAUAGUUUGUUUAGUUUGCAUAUUGGAUCAGCUGGUUCACCCGCCACCAUGUUUGGCAUCGGAAACAGAGCAACCUGUUGCCGUGGGCCGAAAGAUCAGACGGUCGAAGCGAGACCGGAAGGAUUUGAAGGUCCCGCUAGAGGUUCGACAAAUGCUGCAGUGACAAAUGCUCCCGAUCCGCCUCCGCCACCGGAUACCAGCUUGCUGACAUACCGCUGUCCUACGUCCGAUGCUAACUAUGAUCCAAUGACACGUGUACCUCAUUCGUCUGUGUCUUCACAAACGCUCACAUCUUGUUGCUUUCUGUCGGAUCAUAAUCUGUCGGAACGUGAACUAGCCAUGCGCUCGUUCGCCUCCACGCAUACAUAUCACCAGCAACGUAGUUCGCGUGCCGAUCAGCUCGGUUCAGCACGUAAUGGCAGUGGUAAUUUCUGGACGCGCUUCCGAAAGUUGCGACUACCUACGGCCUCCAGCGGAAAGCUGUUUAGUGCUAACGACCGCCAGAUUGAUACCGAACUUCACUUGGAGGAUUUCACUGGGGAGCCGAUGUGGCCGGAACCGGGCCCGCGACCAGUUUAUCACCAUCAUCUGCUUCAUCCUACUGCACCUUCGCACCAUCUAGCGCUAUCACCACUAGAUGCACACCAGAUGCAAUGUGCUCUGCCACCGACAUCAUUAAAUGGGAAUUUACCACUAACACCUCACCAACGCACACUGCAUCCUUUCGUUGCUGCAGGGGAACCGAAAGGAGGACCAAUCCAUCUGCCAAAUCGUGAAACCGGGGAUGAAAACGACGGUUUAGCGAUCCCUCAACAGCGCUCCUGCUCACCGUCAACGCCAUCAUCGGUUGCCUCGACCGCCUCAUCCGGAUCGUCAUCCACUUCGUCUGCUUCACCAUCUUCGCCAAUGUCGCCGGUUUCAGCGUCCUCUUGCUCGUCUGGUGCGAAACACAGUAGCAAUGAGAACGCCUAAGCAAAUAGAUUAACAGUGUAAUAGAGCUAACAGAUAAGGUUCUACAAUUAAUAGUUUCAUUCCGUCCACUAUAAACGGUAUGCUAUCGUCCAGCAUAAGUUACACAUUUCGGGACAACACUUUUGCAGUGAUUAACUGGAAUCUCGAUCAAUGUAAGCAUUUAAUGGAGCAUCUAAUAUUCGGUGGGGUAUGCUGAGAACAGGUAGCUUGUGCAAAAUUGCGUUGUAAAUCACAAGUUUUGUAACGGAAACGGAAAUAACCAUCUGUUACACAUUCCAUCAUUUCCGGAAGAAACGUGCCAACAUUUCAAUUUGUAUCCUCUCUGUGGCUCUCAUUGUUUUAUUUUAUUUCUUUUUGACAAACAUACGCAAUACACCAAGCAACCGUAGGCAUACACGUAUAGAAAAGUGAUUAGGAACAGCUAAACAAUAGGUAAAUUAUGGUGUUUUUAAGAGGUGUGAGCGUAUGUUUAAUGUUGCUAGUAAAUGCCACUCUUGCACUGCUUACUGUUAAUUGAUAGAAGGGAUUCCGAGUUGGUGUUGGAACGUACCAUGCGCGAUGUCAUUCGCUGCUGCUAUCGUUUGAAAGGUUUUCUGCAACAGAAAAUUCUCUUCGUACCUUUUAGCAGUCUUCCGAAAUAAACGAGCAUUCGCGGCAAUUGAAGGCAGUUUGGGCCAUUGACAGCUCUGAAACUCUUGUUUGGUUCUCUAGCACCAUUAUAAUGUAGUGCACCCGUAACAGUAGAACUGAACUAGUGAUAAUGAAAAGAAGUGCGAAGAUCUAUAAAAUGAAUUAGCAAUAUGGAACGGCAAGAAAUGAAAUACGAAUAAAACAAAACAACAAAAUGUAUGAAAACAUAUUACUGUGAUCUGCGCAGCGUUUCGAAUAACACAUUAUACUUAGCGUUUCUAUUGCAGGAAGAUUAUGAAAGGAAUUAAUAUUAUUAAUAUUAUUUUUAUCAAUAUUGUCAUAAUGCGAAUAAUGCGAUUAUUAGAAUUUACGUACUUGGAAUUUACGUAUGUGACGAAAUAAAAGUAUAUAAAACCGUGUCCGGGAGGCAGUGAAUAAACCGUUAAUAGAUUUUAAAGUCCCCUUUUUGUAAAGAAAUCACAAGCGCGCCGCAGGAAAGUAGCCUUAGGGUUUAGUUCAUUGCAACAUGAGAUAUACACGAUAGAUAACUAUGAGUUUUGAGAAAAUUAUUAUAUAUAGUGAACCUGGUAUAAACGAAAACAUUGCAGACUGAAGAAUAUUUGUAAAGAUGAAGGAUUAUAAAAAAAGGAAGAAUAAAUGAAUAUGGUGAUGUACACCAUACUUCAAUGCGAAAUUUAACGAAUAUGCAAAAGAAAAGAGUUAAUGUUUAAGACGGUAAAAUAAACGAAAGUUAUGCGAGACCAGCUUGCCGAAGGUCGCUUACUUCA